GUAGGUCAUAUGUCAGGCCAAAUAAAAUUUGGUAUAAAUAUACUACUAUUAUUUUCCAUAUCCAUAUAUCCAAGAAAACAUGAAAGAACCGGCGAAAUUUACGAGUUGAACAAACAAAAUCAUGUUAUUCAGUCUUCACUCUUCAGCAAACUAUUACAGGAUCAAAGAUUCGGCAAAGUUCUGGGUGCAUCAUUAGCAUAAUGUUGUAUCAUUGUUAAAGAAGAAAGGCUGAAAUUAUCUUUCAUUUCAUAACUCAUUGUGUAAGCUACAUUGUAUGGCUUAUUAUUGGUUUCUUAGAUUCUAGUACUUCUUCAAUUGUUCCCAUUUUCUGUAUAUUCAAAUUGCCUGUUUUCUUUUGUACGCUGUAAGAACAUUGAACUGAUCACUGGUAAUUUUUGAAUGAUUCACAGCUGAUUUUUGUGUAAAGAUUUAGAAUACAACAGCCUAUACUGCCCUUUCUUUAGAAAUCAAGUGUAGACCAAUUUUUGCUGCCUGCUGUCUACUUUCGUAAAUCUAACUGCACUGCAUACUUUGAUUUGAGGAGAAGCAAGUAUGAAUUGUGUUCAGAACCAAAAAUCAAUUAUCGAUCAUUCCCUUUCGUUUGAAGAUGUCUCUAAGUUAUUUUCUUUACCACUCUCUGAGGCAGCUGGGAUUCUCGGUGUCUCUACUAGUGCUCUAAAGAAAUUAUGUAACGAGAAUGGUCUUGAACGGUGGCCACACCGCAAAUUCCUUGCUGGAAAGACCAUCGACGAAAUAAAAAAGGAAGCCGCUAUAGCAAAAACUAAAGCAUUGGGAGGAACCUCACCAUCAAGGAGUAAUGUAGCUACCUUAACUUCUGGCUCACGAACGAAGGAAAACAGUUUGAAGUCGACUUCUGGGGAUCAUCCAGUCGUGGCUACAGGUUUGGUAUCAAAAACCAACCCCUUCUCGGAUGAAUUCAAAUAUGGAUUCCCAUCAAGUGGUUUAUCGGAGUGCACUUACAGAUGGUGGGAAAGUAGCUUCAUUGGUGUUGAUGAAGUUUCAAAUGAUGAUUUGAAUACCAGUCCUGAAGUUCAAAACACUUCCAAGGAACAAGCGGAUGAGGGUUUUUCAUGUUCUCGCGAGAAAAAUGACAGUAUGAUUGUUGAUUCUGGGUCUGAAAAGUCUGAUGAGGUUUUACUAUCAGCUACCAGGAAACGAGCUGUGGAGGAAGGAAAGAAGGGACUAAAGCUUCGUGUUUUGAAGAAAUAUGGGGCCGAUAAACUGGGAAACGACGAGAAGAUAUUGCUACGAUUGUAUCAAACAAGCUAAAAGCAAUGGCCAUAAUACUGGAACUUGCUCAAGCUGUCUUUCAGGGAGAAUUUAGGCUUGGGCCUUGCUUAGGUCAUGACCCAGUUUAUAUGAUUGAAAGUUCUGUAUUAAUAUUGAACUGUAUAACACAUUGCACCGAAAAAUGACAACGAAGUCAGUUUAAUGCACGUACGAAGCUGAGUGUUCAGAAAAUAUUAUACUAGUGUUCUGAAUUCACUUUUGUUGUGGUAUGUUAUUGUGAGGUGUGAUAUUACCUAUUUGUUCAUCUUUUAGAAUUCAGCUUAUCUUGUAUAUGCCAUGUUGAUAAUGUUUUGAAUUAAUGUAGAUGUUGAAUGAUUUAAUGGGCCCUUAAUAUACCCAUUGCAUAGUGGACCUUUGAAUUUUGUCCCACCACAAAUUGUUGUAUGCGUUGGUCUCAUCUAGAGAUACACUUUACAUAUGGAUUAAAUAGUCCAUUUGAU